CCUCAGGAUGGAUCAGGAAAGCAAGGAGGGUUGUGUUUUGCUUAAAGGCUAAUACCUAGUCAGUGAUCUCGUGUUCGUGACUGGAGAGAACGAGCUUAAAGUCAUACAAUAAGAUGUACCAGAUGAGGCAAUACCUCAUUGCCUUUCUCCUGUUCGGACCUGUGAAUUCACAGGUAAACCCAGCUGUAUGUAGGUACCCUCUGGGAAUGAAUGGAGGUCAAAUUCAGGAUGAAGAUAUUUCUGCUUCCAGCCAAUGGUCAGAGUCCACCGCUGCUCGAUAUGGCAGAUUGGAUUUUGAUGAUGGAGACGGUGCGUGGUGUCCGGAUGUCAUGGCUGAAGCGCACAGUCUGAAAGAGUUUCUGCAGAUUGACCUCCGCACUCUGCAUUUUGUCACUCUGGUUGGCACACAGGGACGCCAUGCAGACGGGGUGGGCAAUGAAUUUGCUCAGAGAUACAGAAUUAAAUACAGCCGGGACGGCACUCGAUGGGUCUCCUGGCGGGACCGGCAAGGUCGACAGAUCAUUGAAGGAAACAGUAACGCCUAUGAAAUCGUGCUUAAGGACCUGGAGCCUCCUAUUAUUGCUCGUUUUGUGCGCUUCAUGCCUGUGACUGACCCGUCUAUGAUAGUGUGUAUGAGGGUGGAGCUCUACGGCUGUGAAUGGCUCGAUGGUCUUGUGUCCUACAGCGCCCCUGCUGGUCAACAGAUGACUUUCAGAGGCCAGCAGAUCUACUUAAAUGACACCGUGUAUGACGGAGCCGUUAGCUCCAGCAUGACUGAAGGUCUCGGGCAGCUGACUGACGGAAGCUGGGGUUUGGACGACUUCACUAAAAGUCAGGUGUAUGGAGUCUGGCCUGGGUAUGACUAUGUGGGCUGGACGAAUGCUAGUUUUUCUGGUGGCUCGGUGGAGAUGACCUUUGAGUUUGACCGGGUCAGAAAUUUCACCUCAAUGAAGAAAUAA